UUUAACGAGAUGGAACGUUGCUCGUUUAUCCUACCAAAGAAAAAGAGGCGAUGUAAAAUGCUUGUAAAGAAAGGCAAUAAAUUUUGUGGCGAGCAUUUUAUAUUUGAUGAAAAUAAUGUGGAAAGAAUACCUUGUCCAAAUGAUCCAAAACAUACGGUUAAUCGAAAUGAACUUGAAGAUCAUCUAAAUAAUCGGUGUAAUUCUCGUCUACGAAUAGAUUACCCAUGGAUUGUUGAAAAUUGUAAUUUUGAUUUACGAAAUGAAAAUAUGGAAGAUUUUUUAAAAUUACAAUUAAACGAACGGGAUCUCAUUCGAAUGGUCAAAAUUAUUCACAAGAUAUGCGAGGAUCUUCAAUUGUCUGGAUUGAUUCAAAAAUCUUUUUUGGAAACUCCAAUUAUCCAAAAAUUUAUGGAUGAAUCGAGGGAAAUGAGUGCUACUCGCCGUAAACAUCUUGCACAAUAUUCUUCAAUAAUAGGUUGUCUUAAAUACUCAAAGUUGUUAUUUGAUGAUGAUGAUUGUUGUUUAAUUGAACUUGGUGCUGGCAAAGCUCAUCUUUCUUAUUGGUUGACAAAAAUUGUUCCAAAAUAUACUUUUCUUUUAAUUGAUCGAAUGGGUAUGAGAAAUAAAUUCGAUAAUAAAGCGUUAAAGGAAAAUCCUCAACUUAAAUUGGUCCGAUUGCGUUGUUCUGUUGAACAUUUGGAUUUGUCUCGUAUUAGUUUUGUGAAGGUUUUUUUUCCCUUUACGGCCUUUAAUUUUUUCAUUAAAAAGUAUAUUUAUAUUCUGUUUUUUUUGAAUUCUUGUUGUGUUACUGCCAUCUGCAAACAUUUUUGCGGCAAUGCGACCGACUAUGGAAUUCGUUGUUUGUUAAACGGUUUUCAAAAAGGCGUUAAAUUGAAAGGAUUUGUAUUGGCACCUUGUUGCCAUCAUAAAUCCUUAUACAAUCAGUAUUUUGGUAAAGACUAUUUGAAAAAUUACGGUAUAAAUUCUUCAUAUCAAUUCGCUGCUCUUCGGCACAUAGCAAGUUGGUCAACUUGUGGUAUGAUCCAUCCUUGUCAAGAUAUGGAAGUAAAUACCAGUAGCAACAAUUUUACUGUUCCAAAUUUUUCGAAUAUUUCAUACCUAUGGACAAAGGAGCAAAAGGAGGAAUUCGGAUUUCAAGCAAAGAUGGUUUUAGAAAUGGGACGGGUUCUCGAACUUCAGAAAUACGGAUUUGAGGUUAAUCUUCAUAAAUAUAUUGAUUGCUCAAUUUCACCGGAAAAUCUUCUUAUUAUUGGAAGGAGAUGUGAAAUAUCCGAGAAUUUGUGA